UUCGGAGCUACGAGGCCCGGCAGGGGUUCUGGGCGGGGCCUGCGCACCCUCCUUUUCUUGGCGGGGGCCGGGUGUACGGUCCCGGCCCCCGUAAUGUACGGAGGCAGAGGGAAAGGGCUCUGGCCCCUCGGCGUCAUGUCUUCGGUGCCCGCGGCUUCCGGUCCGCGGGUUCUAUCCUCAACCGCCGGGACACCGGCUCCAAGGAGCCCAGCGGAACCGAGGUUCUGCAGGCUCCUCCUUGGGGUGCUCACGACUUCUCCUUUUAUUUCAGGUUUGGGGAGCCGCCCCUGGAACCGGAGCUGUCGUGUCCCCCUCCUCUUUUAAUUUACCGUUGCCAACAAUAAAGGCCUUUCCUGCCGUAGCUCCUUCGGGAGUGCGGGCGACAUUUCGCAGAAGGUUCUCUGGCCGACCUUGCCGGGAUCUCCAGAUGGCCGCGCUGCGAGCAACUCUCCACGUGGCGACCCUGGCGGCUGGGGCGCGCCGAGCUUUGUUGGGUAGGGAAGGCUCCCUGGCUGGUAACUGCCUGGCCCACCGUCGCCUCUGGGAUAAGCUCCACAGCGGUCCCCGAGUCGGCAGCGUCCCCACGUUCGACUGGUUCUUUGGGUAUGAGGAAGCCCAGGGGUUCCUACUGCCGCUGCUGCAGGAGGCACGGGCUGCCUAUCCACUGCGGGUGUUGGACGUGGGCUGUGGGACCUCCAGCCUAUGUACAGGUCUCUACACCAAGUGUCCAAUUCCCGUGGAUGUGCUGGGGGUGGACUUCUCUCCUGUGGCUGUGGCCCACAUGAACAGCCUCCUGGAAGGUGGCCAAGACCAAAUACCCCUGUACCCUGGGCACCCUGCCUCUCGACUACAGUUCAUACAGGCUGAUGCCCAGAACCUGGAGCCCGUGGCUCCCUCAGGCUCCUUCCAGCUAGUGCUGGAUAAGGGCACCUGGGAUGCUGUUGCCCGGGGUGGUCUGCCUGGGGCUUACCAGCUUCUGUCAGAAUGCCUAAGGGUCCUAAGCCCCCGGGGGACCCUGAUUCAGUUCUCCGAUGAGGACCCUGAUGUGCGGCUACCCUGCCUGGAGCAAGGGUCCCAAGGCUGGACUGUGACUGUGCAGGAGCUAGGCCCUUUCAGGGGCAUCCCCUACUUUGCUUACUUGGUUCAAAUCUCUCAUUAAAGACUUUAGUUCUAA